AUUUUAUCCAGAAAUGCUGCUUCAUUAAGACUUGUCCAAUCACCGACGACAUUGUGGAAAAGGAAAGGCCAUAUCCUUGGUUCUCCCUCACCUGAGAUUUAGGACAGCAGAUUAAGUAAACCCAAGCUUCAUUUUUAGCCGUGAUUAUGUCCAUGGAAGUUCCGCCGUCUUUCAAGAGGCAUGUGGUGGCCUUGCCUUUCCCUACCAGAGGCCAUGUCAACCCCUUGAUGAACCUCUGCAAAUUUCUCGCUUCCAGGCAACCCUGGGACCUUCUCAUCACCUUCGUCGUCACCCAGGAGUGGCUUGGGUUCAUCCAAUCUUACCCCAAGCCCCAUACCAUUCGCUUCGCCACCAUCCCCAACGUCAUUCCCUUGGACUCCCAGAUCCUCGACGACGUUCCUGCUUUCUCCGAAGCCGUCGCCACCAACAUGAGACAUCCGUUCGAGCAGCUUCUCGAUCAACUUGAGACGCCGGUGACUGCUAUCAUCUCUGAUGCUGAGUUGGCGUGGCCAGCUGCUGUGGGAAACCGAAGGAAUAUUCCGGCAGCUCUGUUAUGGACGAUGUCAGCGUCGUUCUUCGAAACCUUCCGUCAGCUGGAUAUCUUGGCCCCUGGCCCCGACCGGCGUUUGUCGGUUCAUCUCUUGGAUGGGCAAGCUGAACACAUCCCGCGACUCUCUUCCUCACAACUCACUGAUCUACGGAGGCUGCUUCUUGAAAGCGAUCUCAGUUUUUUGAAGAUUGCCCUGAAUUGCAUUCCAAGAUUAGCCAAGACUCGUUAUCUCCUCCUCAACACGAUCCAAGAGCUAGAACCUGAACAGAUAAACUUUCUAAAAGCUAAACUUCCCUUUCGUCUAUAUCCAAUAGGCCCAGCCAUACCUUUUAUGGAACUCGAACCACCGAGCGAUUCAUCAACCACUAACUUUGACCAUAUAAUAAACUGGCUAGAUUCUCAGCCAAAAUUGUCAGUAUUAUACAUCUCUGUGGGUAGUUCGUUUUCCAUGUCCCGUCCUCAAAUGGAAGAACUUGCUUCAGCUUUGGAAAUAAGCGGAAUUCGUUUUGUUUGGGUAGGUCGUUCAGAUACUGAGUGGCUAAGAGAGAAAUGUGGGGAUAAGGGUCUGGUGGUGCCAUGGUGCGACCAAUUAAAGGUGUUGUGCCACAGUUCUGUUGCGGGGUUUUGGAGCCAUGGUGGAUGGAAUUCGACUCUGGAAGCAUGCUUUGCUGGUGUGCCAAUCCUGGGAUUUCCAAUAUUUCUGGAUCAGUUCUCGAAUUGCAGGCAUAUUGGGGAAGUGUGGAAGAAUGGAUGGAAGGUGGGUGGUGAGAAAUCAGAAGACUUUGUAACGAAAGAAGAAAUAUUGAAAGUGCUUAAGAUGGUGAUGGACCUUGAGAGUAAAGAAGGGAAGAAGAUAAGAGACAAGGCCAGAGAACUGAAAGCCUUGUUUCGCCGAGAGAUUGCCAAAGGUGGUUCCUCUGACUUGAACCUCGAUGCUUUUGUGGAAGACAUUUUAGGCGUCCAAGGAAAUAUGUGCAAUUAGGAGUUCAAGAUGUAUGCCAUGCUACUAGCCCACUACUUCAAGCGUGUGUGUGUGUGUGUGGCAUCCUCAAUUAUGUAUUAUAUCUGGGAAUACGCAGUCUAGAACCCGCGACAUCAUGGAAUGUUCAAGACGAACAUACCCGGAAAGCCGAGACUGGUAUCGUAUCCUCAAUUAAUCAUUGAUAAAACACAUGGUUCGUACAAA